AAAGAAGAUAUGAAGAGAAUGAGGAGUCAUGCCAUGUUUUCCCUCUCUUUCUUAUAUUGGAUGCUCUCUGUUUCUCCUUAUGAUGGGCCACUCUAUGAUUCUUCAGCUUUCUCUGAGAAAGAAAAAUGUAGCACCAAGUAAAAGAAAAGCAACGAUUUCAAUUGUGACAAGAAGGGAACAAAUUGCCGGUCAAGAUAAAGAUUUAGGUCUCUGCCAAAAGAAGAUAUUAGAUUCAACCAAUUGAAUGCUUAACAUCUUUUUCCAAUUUGUGCAAACAAUAUCCAGAAAAGCCACUAUAUGCUGGCGGAAUUCUAAAGGAUAAUUUGCCGGAGUUUACGAGGGCUGAUGGAAUAACAACAGUCAAUUUGCCUAUUUUCAAACUACAAGAUAUCACCCCUGGCACCAUUUAUUCUUUUUCCACUUGGAUUAAGAUAAAAAAUGCAGAUUCUGCUGUCAUAACAGCAAGCGUGGGUGACCAAGAUUCAGAUGAAUUAUGUGUAGGCACUGUAGAUGCUAAGCCUGGAUGUUGGUCUUUCCUCAAGGGUGGAUUUGUAGCUUCGUCACUUAAUAUAUCUUCCAUAUACUUAAAGAAUUCGGAUGAACAAGACUUAGAAAUUGAGAUUGCUAGUGCUUCAUUGCAGCCUUUCACUGAGCAGCAAUGGCUGCUGAAUCAACAAACAAAAAUUAAUAUGGCAAGGAAGCGGGCUGUUACUAUCCACGUCUCAAAUAAACAAGGAGUUAGACUUGAAAAUGCAUCUCUAACGGUAGAACAAGUUUCCAAAGAUUUUCUCCUUGGAUCUGCUAUUGCGUAUACCUUUAUUGGCAAUAUCCCCUAUCAGAACUGGUUUCUCGAGCGAUUCAAUGCUGCAGUUUUUGAAGACGAAAUCAAAUGGUAUACGACAGAGCCUAAACAGGGACAACUUAACUAUACUUUAGCAGAUGAGUUGCUAGAAUUUGUUAGGAGAAACCAGAUCACAGUUAGAGGUCACAAUAUUUUCUGGGAGGACCCUAAAUAUAUACCGGCCUGGGUUCAAAAUCUUACAGAUUCUGAGCUGAAAUCAGCUGUAAACUCCAGGAUUCAGAGUCUUAUGUCCAAAUACAAAGAUGAAUUCGUUCACUGGGACGUUAACAAUGAACUACUUCACUUCAAUUUCUACGAGCAAAGGCUGGGACCGGAUGCCACACAUGAAUUUUACAGGACGGUACACCAACAAGACCCUUUGGCAACUUUGUUCCUCAAUGAAUUCAAUGUGGUGGAAACUUGUGAUUCUUCAUCCACGGUUGAUAAAUAUAUCGCAAAGAUUAGGGAGCUUAAAGAAGAUCGCAUGUCAAUGAAUGGAAUUGGCCUUGAGGGUCAUUUUGGAGCUCCUAAUCCCCCUCGUAUAAGAGCUACUCUUGACAAAUUAGCAACAUUGGGGCUUCCCAUUUGGCUCACAGAAGUCGAUAUCAGUGAUACAUUUAGCAAGGAAACACAGGCCAUUUACUUGGAACAGGUAUUACGGGAGGGCUUCUCACAUCCAGCAGUGGAUGGGAUAAUGUUGUGGAGUGCCAUUAGGCGAAACAAAUGUUACAGAAUGUGCCUUACAGAUCCAGACUUAAAUAACCUACCAACCGGUAAUGUAGUGGACAAGCUGCUCAAGGAAUGGGACACUGGAGUUCUCAAGGGCCAAACAGAUGAACAUGGCUCUUACAGCUUCUAUGGUUUCCUUGGUGAAUACAAACUUACUGCUAGUUAUGACGGUAAAGUUGUCGAUGCAGCAUUCUCCCUUAGCCCCAGUCAUGAGACUAAACAUUUUAGCGUUCAACUAUGACUCAGUGACUCCAUCAGAUGUACGUAUUUUCUUUUUUCUUGUCUCAAAUUCAGAGAAGAAAGAACAUAAAAAAUGUAUCAGACAACAAGCCUAACUAAGAAAAUCUUGUUAUCAUCAAGUAAUUACUAUCAUGCAUCAGCUUUGCCCUUUUA